UGCUUGAGAAUAGCAGGAAAGGUGGCACCUUUCGCGGUUUUGUUUGGUCGCGGUGAUCUGGGUCCGCCUCGUUGUCCGCCUGCGCAUUCUUUCAUGAGCCCUGAUCGAGUCGAGUAGAUGCUUACGUGUUUGUGCAUUGGCCUGCGCUGUGGUGGCUCGAACGUGCGCUUUCCUGGGGGUUUAGCUUUUGCUAUGGGAAAGAAAUUUUGCGAAAUACGUUAAGAGGUUGUUAAAGUACGAAACUUGCAUUGAUUGCCGCGGUAGACAACCCUGUGAUCUUGAUGGGUAUCGGCAAAAUGCGCCUUGUAAUGUGUUUGUUGAAACCAGGGUACUCUAGAAACAGAUCUUUGCAAAGCCUUUCGUGAUGGGCCGAUAGAGUCCGCGAGGAAGAGUGCCGGUGCGAAUGAGCAUGCUAUUGAGAAUGCAAAAUAUAUAUAUCCUUACUGAAUAAGUUGCCCUUUUUGAUGUUCUAACUGCUGAAGAUUUCUGACCCGAAAAGGGUUGACUGAGGGACUUGAUUCUGGGCAAAGGCCACCAAGUGUACCAAUUUGUCCAAUGAACAUGGACGAAUCAGUGAUCAAGACUUCUGAGACAACAAAUGAAGCAAGGCAAUCUAUGCCAGAUCCUGUGCUGCAUUCCAUGCGUGCCAUAGCUCGGCAGCAAUAUGAAUUCGAGCAAUCGCUAUUGAGUCAGCAGUUGUGGUCUCAGCAGCAAGCUGUUUCCAUGGAAGUGAGCAUCAAAGCAGUUGCUAUACAAGCUGCGGUACAGGCCAAUGGGAUAAGCCACAUCUUGAAAGGGAAAAACGAUAUUUCCAAGGAGGAGGUAGUUCAGGAAAUCCAAUCUGAUAGGGUUAUUGAAGAACUCAAGUCGAGCUGGAAGACCCCAUCUUGGCAUUCUUCAGCAUCUAGAUUGACGUCUGGCUCUCCUAUGGGGCAUAAGGAUGACCUGAAGGAAGAAAAAACCUGUCCUGCUGAAGGCUUUACCAGUGAAAGGCAUCAUAAAGACAAUCGUUUGGACCCUAAAGAUACUCACCAAGAAUUCCAUGGAUCUAAAGAUAGGAGAAAUUGCUCAUCUGACUACAGAAGUCAUCGGCUGCACCAUCAUAGAAGAAGCAGGAGGAGCAGGAGCAGGGACAGGAGCGGGGUCAGAAGCAGAAGCAGAAGCAGUAGCAGGAGUAGGAGCAGAUAUUUGUCUAGAUCACCACCCAAGAAGUACAACAAAGGUAGGAGCAGAAGCAGGACCAGGAAUAGGAGCAGAUAUAGGUCCAGAUCUCCACCCAAGAUGCACAGCAGAGAUGAUUAUUAUUCUCGUGGGCCGGAAGAUCCCAAGCCUAAGUCAACUAGCCAUCGACAGGAAAUGCAUCGCACAUCUUCAGGUGGUCAUACCAAGUCAGGUAAUUCUCAUGGUGAUAAUUGUGUCCAGACUCAUUCAGCAACCCGUAGGAAUUGGUCCAGUGAGCAGGAAAAGAAAGAUCUAUUGACCAAGGCCGAUGAUGCUCAUGGAGUUGGCAAAGGUGGAAAGAAUGAUACAGGGAAAGAAUGAUAUAGGGAAAGGUGGCCUCGUGAGAAAUGCAUAUGAUUGUUCUGUUCAGGUGCACGACAUUUCCAGAGUCCGACAGUCGAAUUAAGGUUAGUCAAACCCCAGUAGGAUGCGGUUAGUUCAUGGGCUUCGUACCUGUGAGAAUGAUGAAUGGGCAUGAUUAGGAUUCAGGGGCAUAUUAAUAUCGACUCGAGAGACCCCUCUUAUCUUUCUAUAUUUCCUUUCAUUUGAGCAUUUUGGUGGAUUCUUUAAGCAGUAUUUUCUCGCAAACUGUCGAAUUAUGCAUUUACCAUGCAUGGUGAUGCUGAUGAAUGGCUCAAGCGUUGAGGAUAUAUUUAUAUUCCUUUAAGGUUGAGGCCAACCCUUAA